CGUUGACGCUGCGGACGAGUUGAUUUCGAGAAGAGAUCGACGUCCGUUUUGCGUAUUUAUUUAUUCGCUGUAAAAACACGGAGACUAGCAGCGUUCAAGGUCAAGGUGACAUCACGCAAAUAAAGGGAUAGAAGGCGACAGAGUCGGAAUUUUACCAUCCACGGGGCUGUACUCAUAAUUGGUACAUUUUUGGAUAGAGUGUGAAGUUUAAAGAUCAAACGAUAACAGAACAGAGAAGUCUCACGGACUCGCGGUGUGACAGUUCCCAUUACAUGGAGUAUUGAACGAGGGACGAAAUACAUUAUGAACAUGGACAACGUGGACCAACAUUUGCUUCAUCAGUUUAGUUGUCUAGGCACCACCGACAGAGAUGAUCUGGUGAAGCAGCUGCAGAAGCUGCUGGCUGGCAGCCAGCUCAACGAAACUACUGCUGAGUUCUUUUUGGAUAUGAAUAAUUGGAAUCUCCAAGCGGCAAUUUGUAGCUACUUUGACUUUGAGUCUCCAGUUCAACAUAAAUUUCCUUGUAUGAUGCUGAUAAGCGAUAGCACCAUUGGCGAAGGAGAAUCAAUACCACCACUUACUAAUUUUCGAAAAUCAUGGCAUAUACAAAACAGUGGUAGAGAAGCAUGGCCUGAUGGAGUUUGCUUACAGUAUAUAGGAGGAGUGCAAAUGGGUGAAUGUACAAAAAUACCAGUCCCAUCUUUAGGCCCAGGAGAAAUAACAGAGGUGAGCGUGGAUCUUCAAAGUCCUCCACAUUGUGGUACAUUUCAAAGUAAAUGGAGGAUGAUGGUAAAAUCUACAGAAAUCUUGUUUGGAGAUGUUAUUUGGAUAACUAUUACAGUAAGUGAAAGUGGCACUCUAGCCAUUACUCAACAACUGCAUCAAUUAAGUACUUCAUCAUCUAAUGAUACAAAGAUGUGCUAGCCUCUAAUGUCCAGAGAAUUUUCUUAAUUUUCUUCUCACAUUUUUUAAACGCUUUCGAUUAUUUUUUAAAUCAACCAAAUUAAAUAUGACAUGUUCGUUUAAAAUAUCACUUUAAAGAUACUAGAAACGUUUUUAUUUCCUUCUACAGUCACGCGAGAAAAUAAUAUUUUCAAUGGAUAAUUAUAUAUAUGAUUUAAGAUAGUACUCUACAUUGUAUAAAAGUAAAAUAAUUUUGUUAAAUUCUGAAAGUUGCUUACACAAGGCCUUUUACCGUCCAUGCUUGUCAGUUACAUCCACUUGAAAAAUCUUCUUUUACUUGAUUGUUUCUGUGAUGCAAAGUGUGGCGAAAUGAUUACGGUUUAUACUUGUUAGAGCUGUAACAGACAUGUAUGGACCACUUUUGAAAAUGAUACUGAUAGAAAUUGAUAUAAAUAUAAAUAACUAGAAAAAAUAUAUAUAUACAAAAUAUAUAUAUAUAUUUUUUGCGUGUAUAUGUAUGUAUAAUUAUUAAGAUACGAGUUUAUUAAAGAUAUGAACGAAAACAGUUUUUAUUAGAAAAUAAAAUAUAGAUAUGGUUGAAAUAUAAUAAUGCUAUAUGAAUAUAUAUUCAUUCACCAAUUUAAUAUCAAUCGAACAUGUAUUUUCUUAAUGACCGAAUCUUACUUCUAGAUAAAAACGUGUACAUAAGCUUGUGUCAGUACUUUGUGUUCAAUUUUGUUUUUAAACGGCCAUUGGCAUAGAUAACUUUGUGUGUGGAUUGUAUCCGAUAAGUUCGAUAUCAUCCGCUGUGAAAUCUUCUAUGUUUUCAACGUUCCUAACGAUUUUUAAAUAUGGGAAUGGUUUUGGCACACGUUUUGUUUGUUCCUCGAGUGCAGAUAUGUGAUUGAGGUAUACGUGACAGUCACCCAUCGUAUGUAUAAAUUCACCUGGCUAAAAAUAAACAAAAAGAUACAAGUCUCUGUUAAAAAAUUUUGCCAAUUUUCUUUUCUUGUAAAUUUACCUUUAAAUUUGAAAUGUGUGCCAGCAUGUAAGUUAACAAAGAAUAAGAUGCGAUAUUGAAUGGUACGCCAAGACCCAUGUCAGCGCUUCUUUGAUAAAGUUGACAUGAUAACUCUCCAUUGUUCACAUAAAAUUGGACAAGACAGUGACAGGGAGGUAGAGCCAUUUCUGAAAUGUCGCCUGGGUUCCAUGCUGACAUUAUAAUUCGUCUAUCAUUGGGAGAAUGUUGUAUCUUAUCUAUGAUCUGUUUUAACUGAUCUAUUCCUGUAUAAACAAACCUAUCAGUGUACUUGUAGAUAAUUAAAUUUGUACGAUUAAACAUA